UCUCCAACAAAAACAGCUGUUGACGCCAAGACCAAAAGUUUGCGUUCCAAUAAGAACGGCGAAAAUAUUCGGAAAAAGGAGCAAAUCCUGGCGAGCAACGGCCAGGUGGGAGCCGCAAUCAUGCUCAAGUCCCUCAAGCCGGACACGUACGCCGGAAUGGCGAACGCCAAGUGCGGCGAGAUCUACUUCCAGAGCCUGCACAGCUUCCGCAUCGACUGUGCGUUCUGCGAGAUGAAGAGCUUUGUGUUCGGAGACUUUCUGCUUCACGUCCAGAACGUGCACUUUGAGAACGGCCUGCUGAAGACGGAGGCUGCGGACGCCGGAGCGGAUCUCAAGCAGGAGCGGGAUCGUGAGCGGGAGCCCAACUCGCCGGUGCCCAUAGUGGCGCAGGUGAAUCCAUUUGCCUGGUACGAAAUUGGCGGCGACCAUGGCGAUGACAGCGAGGAUGAGCGCGGUGUUUUGGACGGGCAGGACGAGGAGGAGAAUGAGCGGCCGGGCAGGAGCAUAAUCAAGUGGCAGGACCAUCAGUCGCUGGCCAGCGAAUCUCUACGUCAAGUCAGAGCCCUCAAGGUGGACUACAAGGAGGAGGACUCCGAGCAGGAGGAGUGCGGCAUCAAACUGGAUCUGGACAGCGAGAGUAGGCACUCCGCCAAGAUUCCGCACUCGUGUCCGCACUGCACAAAAGUUUACCAGAGCCGCAAGGUCCUCGAACGACACAUAAUGCGUCAGCACAAAGACACCCUUUCGCCGGAUGCGGACAGCGAUGAUGCGGACUACGAGCCGCCCAAGGAUGCGCCCGCCAAGUCCUCUGCCCAGGAGUACAAGUGCGAGCACUGUGGCAAGAUCUACCAUGGCAAAUACAGUCUGCGUCAGCAUUUGAAGCGGGAUCAUGACAACGGCGAGGAAGGCGGCUCCGCCAUCUUCACCUGCCUGGAAUGCGAGGCCCAAUUGCCGCGCCUUCGCCUACUGGACGAGCACAUGGUGCAGGCGCACGGUGGUGCUGCCUGUGUGGUCUGCGGUCGGCGCUACAAGACGCGACACGAACUGAAACGCCACCAGCUGAAGCACACCAGCGAACGGAACGUGCCCUGCCCGCAUCCCGGCUGCGGCAAGCGCUUUUUUACCAUUCGUCACAUGCGCAACCACGGCAAGGUGCACACGGAGCAGAAGAACUUCGUCUGCGAGAGCUGCGGCUACAGCUGCCGGAACAAGGAGACGCUGCGCGUUCACAUCAGGAGCCACACGGGUGAGCGGCCGUUUGGGUGUCAAGUGUGCGACAAGCGAUUCCCCUCCCAUUCCGGCCUGCGUGAGCACAUGGCCAUGCAUUCCACGGAGCGACCGCAUGUGUGCAGCGUUUGCGGCGCGACCUUCUCCCGGCAAAAGGGCCUCUACCAUCACAAGUUCCUGCACGCGGACACCAAGCAGUUCGUGUGCAAACUGUGCGGCAAUGCCUAUGCCCAGGCCGCCGGACUCGCUGGACACAUGCGCAAGCACCGGAACGACGAGCUCAACGGAUAGGAUCCCAGAGGUCGUAGUUGUCGUCUAAGUUGUACGAUUUGUAUCUUCCAAUUCCGACGUUUAAGUUGAGGAACUCAGGCAUAGGCUAUAGGAUUACCAUAGAAAUCAAUAGUUUUUUUUGUAUUGCUGCGGCUUGGAGCAGGUAGCAGGUAGCAGGUGACUCUGUGGUCCUCAUUUCACGGGUUUCCAUCGAAUUUAUGUAUACUGUAAAUAAUACCUCUAGUUUUAGGUAAACUGAAAGUUUGUUAAUUUGUUUUGAGAACACUUUGUUUAAAGCGAAUUUAAUUGGCUCGAUUGUAAGCACUAAGACUUAACUACAUUUCAAUGAAUUUCUCGAACUACUAACACAAAUGAUAACUAAACUUUGUUAAGGUUAAACUAUACAUUAAGCACACACAAUGCUUCCAAGAAACAAAACCAUUUAGAUAGGAGUCCCUGUGAAAGAACAGCCUGUGGCGAUCCCUGGACGUGGCUAAUAUUCGAAUGGUUAACCUUUUUGUAUUGAUAAAUAUACAUAACAUGAAUCUGAUUCGCAAAA